AUGACGCCGACCGAGUCCGAAUACACAGUCGGUACCAUUGAAGUGUUUCACACCUCCUCAUCAAAAGCCAACGACCCAAGAGCGAAAUACAAUGGCACGAUCAACCUUCCUAUUGGCCACAAAAGGGAGCCCGACUGUCGGUCCUUCGAAUCGGAGACUAUAUUCGACAAGGACAUUGUAAUCCCGAUGCGCGACGGGACUGUCCUUAGGGGUGAUGGUUCCGUCCAGCUGGAAAAUAGGGACUUCCAGAGAUCAUGUUCUCCCCAUAUGGGAAGUGACAACGAGCGCGAAGAUAUCAUUGCGAUGAUCAAGAAGUAUCCUCUUGUCAACGAUUACUGGCAGGACAAGCGAGCGCAAUCGCACCUCAUACAAUGUCCGGCCUACGUUCUAGCUAGCAUGGCAACAAGUUUACACCUCUUCGGCUCGAUACGUGGUUUUGAGCAGAUUCCCCACGACAAAAAAUGGCUGCGGCUUCACCCGACGCAAGAAUGGCACGAUCUCUACCAACCUGAAUCAGUUACCGACUUCAAGAAAUUCCUCGACUUCUACAUGAAAGACCUGGACAACAAGCGUACCAGUCCAAGGUCAAACCCCCCUCGAUGGGACGCGAAUCCGGAGGAGCUUAAUUUCACUUUAACGUUCCCCGAACGGAGCGCCCUUAUUGGGCCCGUCAAGGCCGUUUUGUUCAUGUCCUGUCCUAAUCACGACGACAUGGACGUUUUCAUCAUUCUCCGCAAGGCCGAUGCGGAGGGAAAGGUGCUUCGAAACAUUAAUAUUCCCAUUCCAGAUCUGCAUGCCGUGGAUCCAGGUAUACCAGAAGAGAAGGAUGUGGAGAUGGUGAAUACGCACCAGUAUAUAGGGCCUAUGGGCGUCCUGCGUGCAAGUCAUAGGAAACAUGAUGAGAGCUUGUCGACCGAGAAUUAG